AUGACCGUCUCCUCGCCGCCUCCGUCAUCUCCUUUCUAUCUCCUCUCCUACCCUGCGCCCGGCGUGCUUCUAGUCACCAUCAACCGCCCAAAGCAAAGAAACUCCGUUCCAUUCCAAGGUCACUGGGAUCUACACAAGCUAUGGCAAUGGUUCGACAACGAAGGUUCCCUACAAGUCGGAAUCAUCACCGGAGCUGGAGACAAGGCGUUCUGCGCAGGCCAGGAUUUACUCGAGGUUGAACGGAAUAGAUUAAAUCCUCCAACUGAACCCUACCUUCAAGGUCAUCCACCAUCGGGGUUUGCGGGCAUUAGCACACGGAAAGGGAAGAAGCCCAUCAUUGCUGCCGUGAAUGGGUUCGCCUACGGUGGUGGGUUUGAGAUUUGCUUGAACUGUGAUAUGGUCAUCGCGUCCCCACGUGCACAAUUUUCCCUCCCAGAAGCAAAGCGUGGUAUCUACGCUGCCGCUGGCGGUCUUCCUCGCAUCAUGCGCAUCGCCGGAUUACAAAUUGCGUCCGAAAUCGCUCUCACCGGCCGCCCAAUUUCCGCAGAAGAAGCUAAAUCUUGGAUGUUCGUUAACAGAAUCUCUAAAACGCAUGAAUCCCUGAUCGAUGAAGCGGUAGAAUUCGCUAAAGAGCUCUCCCAACUCAGCCCCGAUGCACUCAUUGUCACCAGAGCUGGAAUUAGAGAAGCUUGGGAAGUCGCUGGAAUUGAUAAAGCAACUGCAAACACCAGGGACAGAUACGAUCAAGGACUACAUUCUGGAGAGAAUGUGAAGGAAGGUUUGGCCGCCUUUCGAGAAAAGAGGGCUCCCAAGUGGGUUAAAUCUAUGUUGUAA